AACAUACCAGGAUGUUGUGAGAAGAGAGCAGCCUCGGUCAACUUGCAGCAUCCCACCUCAGCGAAAAAGCAAGACUAGGUGGCAAAUUCGAGCAAACUUCAAAGUAACUCAUCGUCAAUUCUGGUCACUAACAGCAAUGUCUCGCAUGUGAAGGACGACAUCCGCGUCUUCAAACUCCUAAAACUUCCAAAAUCAAAAGGUAUGCCCGCUAUAUCCCCCCUUAACCAAUAUUCAAAACACCAAGCUUUCAAUCUUCCGAGUGUGGUUGUGUUGUGUAGUCACUCGCUGACCCUAAUCGCCACCUCACAUAACCGUACAAGGAAGGCAGCAGCAACUGCAGUCAUCGGUGCUGAUGCACGAGCACUUUCCACCCUGAGGCUUGACGAUCGAACCCGCCGUUGACGAGAUGGAACUGGUAGCUGCAGGCAUUUUCGCGGUCGAUUUUACUUCAAAGUUUGGGUGUGAAGAUGUUGGGUCCGCUGGAGAGGAUGCGCGGAAGGUGCGGGUACGGGUUGUAGGAUAGUUGGAUAUGCGCUGUGACGUUGUUAGCGCGUUGGCUCCGUGGGGUUGCUGUUGUGGGGGAUGAACUGACAGUGAUAGGCGUGUGUGUAUGCGCAGGGCGGGUGAGAGGUUGGACUUGGGGUGUGUGAUUGUGAAGGGUAUCUCAAGGGCUAGGGGAGUAGGUUAUAUUGCAUAGGGAACGCCCCUCGGGUCUUGAUUUCAGCCAUGCGACGCGCUAGCCCAUGACGUCUUGGCGCAAUGGGGAUGACGUUUCAACUGUGGCAGUGCACGUGGGACGACGCAAUGUUUGAUAAGUUCGAGACCGUACGAAAAUAGUGAUGCGACUUUGUGUCAAUGUCAAACCCUGGUCUAUCCAAUAUAUGCAACUC